UGCUACAGCGUCGGCGCAACGCGUCGCCCUUUUUCUUCCGCCUCCUUUUUGGCGGAGCUUCUACCUCUGUUUGGCUGUGAUUCCGCCGCUGUCUCACCGAGGCUCUGCCGAUGUUCCGCCGUUCUCCAGCCCUCGUCUUCUAGUUCGAGCUGCUUAGCCCUCUGUUCAGCCCUCUCCGUCGCGUGUUCAAGCUGCUUAGCCCUCUGUUCAGCCUCCGUUCCGCAGCCGUUCUGCCGUUGUUCAGCCAUCUCCAUCACGUGUUAAAGCUCCAGCUACCUCUCCGUGUACUGUUUGAAUUUCAGAACGUGCUCCAGCCUAAGCUUUCCUCACCAAUCGCCUAAGUUCUAACCCACCGCAGCGCAGCACUGCACCCACCAUCUCCUCAAACUGUACCCGCCAGCAACAUCCCAACGACGGUGGCGAUUUCAACACUAUAGUGGCGACAACACCAGCCAACAGCGGCAGCCACUCCACAUCCACAACCCAUAACCAGCGACAACAGUGGCUGCCUGCUCAUCUCAUCAUUGAUUUCAACCACCGAUUCCACUUCCCCACCCUCUGUGGAAACGGCAAAAAUAAACAAAAUGCGGAGGGUUCUGGGAAAGAUUUCUGGGUUGCUGAGCAAUCGAAAUAUGAUGGGAGUGGAUAAAACUGGAAACAAAUACUUCACCAAAAUGGAAGAGGUUGAUGGUAUCAUUCUAAAGAGAGAAGAGGAAAGGAGGGCCAAAGAAGGAAGUACAGGCAAACGUGUCAGCCCUGGAAAAGUUGCUGGUCCAGACUUGAAAAGUUUUAUCCGGCAAAUUCCAGUUGGCUCAGAAGGUAGUGAGACUGAAGAAUCAUCUUGGGCAAGGGGUAGCUUGAGGUUCACUCAAGAGAACAAAACUGAGAAAGAAAAAGUGGAACCUAAGUCCUCAGAGUCAACAGGAUCUGGUGCAACUUUUAGGCCCGGAACCUGGCAACCGCCAACUUGAGUUUUUGUUACAAUAAAGAGGAGCCUUUUUGACAUCAACAUUCUUGUGUGUUAGCCUCAUGCUAUGUUUUUUAGAAAUUACAUGCUUGGUUUAUUUUCUUGCCAAAAAUUUUUUGACAAUUUUUCCCGUACAAAGUACAAAAUUGUAGUAUUUCCUUGGUCAUUCAUAAACAUCAAUUCAACAAAUGUGAACACCAGAACAAGCCAACAUGAGGGUACAGCCAAAACAAUGGUGCACUAUGGAUUUAUGAUGUGGGAAGCUCUAAAAUCAAAGGACCAAACAUGCAUUUGGAUCACAGCUUUUCGGUUAAGUCUCCUGCAUUU